UCUGACACAUUGGACUGAUUUGAAUCACGCAAGCUUCUCCCUGUUCCCAUUUCAUGGUUUAAUUGGAUUUCUCAAAAUGUCUGCAAUGGUGGAGACGCUGUCAUUGCUUUCAUCUUUGCAUGAUGAAGUGAAAUCUGAAAAUUAUAUAGAACCUCACUACAAAGAAUGGUACCGGGUCGCCAUUGAUGCGCUAAUAGAUGGAGGCAUUACUUCAUAUCAGGAAUUUCUUGCUAAAGAAAGAGUUACAGAAUUUCUUGCAGCAGAUGAAAUCAACUAUAUUACAAAUCACAUCCAAAAGCCAGUAGAAAAUGUGGACAAUACACAGGGUGAAAUAACAGACGAUAAUUCAUCAUCUGGGACUUAUUGGCCAAUAGAAUCUGAUGUGGAGGCACCCAAUCUUGACCUAGGGUGGCCCUAUGUGGCACCAGGACAUAUAGGCGCUACUGACAUAAAUCUGUAUUUUCAUCCUCCAAGAGGACAUCCACUCACGAUUAAAGAAAUGGUCAGGAAGAUGAUCAAAGAAGCAAGAAAGGUUAUUGCCAUUGUCAUGGAUAUGUUUACUGAUAUCGAUAUCUUCAAAGAACUUGUUGAGGCAUCAACAAGAGGAGUUCCAGUCUACCUACUACUUGAUGAUGUGAAUUUCUCUCAUUUCUUGAAGAUGACUGAGAAACAGGGAUUUCAAGUUCAAAGGCUCAGGAAUAUGAGAGUGAGAACAGUGAAGGGCCAGGAUUAUUUUUCUAAAUCAGGAGCUAAAUUCUGCGGAAAAAUGGAACAGAAGUUUCUACUGGUUGAUUGUGAGAAAGUUAUGUAUGGCACUUACAGCUUCAUGUGGUCAUAUGAAAAAGUUAAUUUAAGUAUGAUCCAAGUUAUCACUGGAAAACUAGUAGAGUCCUUUGAUGAAGAAUUCCGGACGCUCUACGCUCGCUCCUGCAUUCCCACAGCAUUUGGCCCAGAGGAGUCCAUAAUUGGAAAACACAAAAAAAUCCCAUGGGAAAAUGGCUCAUACCAAAAUUCGCUGUCUUCUUUACUCUCUGCUUCAAGUCAAAGGAGCCUGUUUGGAAGAAAAGACCAAAUGCACACAUUAGAUUCCUCUUACUUAAAAUCACAGAACAGAUUUGCAAACAACGAGGAAGACAAGUACAACACGAGAAAUGUGUCAUAUAGAGGAUUCAAUGUUCAAAAUAAAAUCAAUCACUUUCAACAGUUUGAGCGGAAUGACAACUGGAAAAGGCAUAGUUAUGCAGCAGGGGAAAAGACUGAGACAUCCCCUUAUUUACUUCUCAACAGAGCUAUGAACAGUAGGGUUAAUAACCAUCAAGUGCCCUGGGCCAGACAGCCAGAUACUGGCAUUUUAGGAUCAUCAUCCAGAGGGGGUUACUCAAGUAAUUAUAAUGUAUCUACUACACAAAGCUUUGCUAAUCGUCUGUCACAGAGGUUAACAACCAAUGUUUCUGAAAGAAGUUCAAGUGUACGGAGGUCGUUCCAUGGAACGGAUAGUCACAUAAGGUCAGUACAGCAGAGAAUGCCGACGUUAGAGCACACAACCAAGUCAUUUCUAAGAAACUGGAGAAUAGAGUCAUACUUGAAUGACCAUUGUGAUAUACCCCCAGAUUCAAGUGAAUCUAUUGGGGACAGAGUAGAAGGCAAUGACGGAGGUGAGAAUUAUAUGGAGAAUCAAGUGUACAAUCAUUCACGACUCCGAUCCUCAAUUCUAUACAAGCCAGCUUUGUCUGAGCAGAAAGAGGCCAGUAGCUGCACAACAAACUCUUCUCACUCAAAUUCCACUAUUGUAGAUUCUCAAGGAAGUCUCACUCCAAAGGCAAAUUCACCACAAAAUCUUAGAUUUUCAGAGACAAAAGAAGUAAAUAAUUUCACAAACUAUGAUACAUCACAUUCAUCCCAUCAUCAGGAUGUGCUGAAACGGCAUAGUCUGCAGGUUCCAGACAACUCACAAAUAAUGACUCAUGGUUUAAAUUACCACACAAACCCAGCACCAUCAAGUUACCUGUACACAACUCUUUCCACAAACAGACAACCACAACCAGACAGUAUUAGAAAACCGAAUGACAACAUUCUAAAAAGACGUAGUUUGCCACUCUUUGAACAUCGCAAGGUCAAUCUAGGUCAAAGUAGCAACAUAAUACCACCAAACUAUAUUUAUAAUUCUUUAGUAAAGAGACAGCCAGAAAAUCGUGUGAAUCCAAAUCCCACAAAUUGUAACAGCACCGAGAAAUUAGAAAGCAACUUACAUAAUGUAAAUGAAAGAGUCAGCAAAGAUCCAGUGGAACCUAUUAAAGGAGCAUUGUCCACAGAAACUUUGGAUGAAGAUGAUGGCAAAGACUCCCCUGGAAAGAAAGAAAGUAAAGGUUCUCCCAACUUCCUUAAAAAGGGUUCAAAGAAGCUCAAAUCUUUACUCAGUCUUGCUCCAGAGAAAAAAGAAACGCUAUCUAAAAACAAAGCACCUGCUUUCUAUAGAAUGUGCAGCAGUUCAGACACUUUAGUUUCUGAAGAUGAUGACGAACAAAAUCCCAAAAUAUCUGACACGAAAAAUGAUAGCUCUCCUCGAAGGGAAAAGACACUGUCCAUAUCUCAAAUAAGUCUUAAUAGAAGUAAAGAGAAUGUUGCUGUAACCUCCGGGAGGACCAACACUCCUCUAUCUGAUGAAAGCAAAUCAAAUCGAGCUCCUGCUCAAAGUUUUGUUGAAAAUAAAUUUAUUGAAAACACGGGUGAUGUAUCUGCUCCACGAUUUAAUACAGAGCAAAUCCAAUUUCAAGACUCAAAAGUGCAGGCACAAAACAAACAAUAUGGAAGAGUUGUACCUCCUACAAUUCAGAGAGAAAUAUCUUUAAGACAUCCAAAAGAUGCAAUACACAGAGAACUGUCUCAGAGAGAAAUGCACCAUAGUGACAUGCCAACCAUGUUGCAGAGGGAGAUGCAUUUAAGGCAUUCACAACAUAGAGAUAUGCAGCAAAAAGAGUUACUACGUAGAGAUAUGAAUACAGUACAACCCAUUACAGAAUUUCAAAAACCCCAAGAGGGCUUCAGCUCCACUCUCCCUCGGCCAAAUGACAGAAGGGUAUAUAGUCGUUUUGAGCAGUUUUGUAAGGUAGAACACAAAGUCCCAUCUUCCAUCACACAAAACAGCAAUGCUCAGAUUCUAGAUAAUAAAACUAAGGGUAUUACAACCAAUUAUUCAAGACCACACAAUUCAUUAAAUUACAAUUCUAAUGUUUAUAACUCUGUCCAACCAAAUGAAAACAAAUUUGGAAGAUUCAUGCAAAAAUUUGGAAGCUUUAUUCACAAGAAACAAUAAAGAACAAAAGAACGUUCAGCUAAACAACUUGUAAAACUCAUACCUGUAAAUAGGAUACUGUUUGA